GUCUUUACUACCAGCUGCCCAGCACCAUGUCUCCUCCAGCAUCGGCUGCGACAGCGAGUGAAAACAGCACCGCUACUGUUUUCGAGGAGGACACCAGAGAGGAGCAAAGACCGCUGAAGCAAUCUCUGAGCAAGUCCUUAUGUCGGGAGCGCUUCUGGAAAUGCCUCCUCCUGUCCGUCCUCAUGUAUGGCUGCAUGGGAGCCAUGGUUUGGUGUCACAUCACCAAGGUGACCCGCCUCACCUUUGACAGUGCCUUCAAAGGGAAAUCCAUGAUGUACCAUGACAGCCCCUGCUCUGAUGGCUACAUCUACAUCCCAUUGGCCCUUCUGGGCAUGCUCUAUUUAGUCUACCUGGUGGAGUGCUGGCACUGUCAUGUGAAGAAUGAGCUGCAACACAAAGUGGACAUGGAGGGCAUCUACGAGCGCAUCCAGAGGAUGCAGCAGGCUAAACCCUGCAUCUGGUGGAAGGCCAUCAGCUACCACUAUGUCCGUCGAACUCGACAGGUCACGCGCUACCGCAAUGGAGACGCCUACACUAGCACCCAAGUUUACCAUGAGCGUGUCAACACUCAUGUGGCAGAAGCAGAAUUUGACUACAGCCAUUGUGGCGUCAAAGAUGUUUCCAAACAGCUGCUGGGCUUGGAGAAGUCGGCACUGACAAAGAUGCGCUUCACUAAGUGUUUCAGUUUUGCCAAUGUGGAGUCAGAGAAUUCUUACCUUACGCAAAGAGCGAGGUUUUUCACAGACAAUGAAGGCCUGGAUGACUACAUGGAAGCCAGGGAGGGGAUGCAUCUGAAGAACAUUGACCUAAAGGAGUAUGUUUUGGUGCUCUGUGACCCGGAGCACCACCCCUGGUAUCUGUCCCACUAUGUCUUCUGGUUUGCCUCCUUCCUCACAUUCUCCUGGCCUCUCAGAGUCUUCAUGGAGUAUCGCACUGCAUAUGUCCACUACCGUGUUGAGAAGCUCUUUGGGAACGAUUACGUGCCUGUGACCCCUUGUGACGAUAGACCAUACUGGCGCCGAAUCCCUCGAGUUAACACCAUUGACAGUACAGAACUAGAGUGGCACAUUCGCUCCAACCAGCAGCUGGUGCCCAGUUACUCAGAGGCUGGUCUCAUGGACCUGGCCCAGUGCCCUUCUAGCUUUGGCGGGCUUCGUCAGAACUGCGAGCGCUGCCACAGAGCCAUCAGCUGCUCCUCGGUGUUCUCUAGGAGCGCUCUCAGCAUCUGCACUGGUGCCAGCUCUCGCAUCCCCUUCAGUGGGAGUCGCUUCUCUUUAGCCCGUCGCUACGGCUCCCAGCGCAGCUGCUUCUGGAGGAGCGGCAGCUUGGACGACCAGGAGAGCCCCAGUGAAAAUACCCGCUGCCUAUCAGAGCGCCUCACCACAGAUGAUGAGGAGCCCCCGGACUACGAGGAUGCACUUUGCUACCCAGUGCUCAUCGUCCACUGCAGUGAGAACUGCCACAACCACAGAUCUUUCCACAGAAAUGGCUCUUGUGUGGAGACCUCUCUAUGA